AUGAAGGUCGCCAUGGAGCUGAAGAAAUCCUUAGAAGCCGAGAAUGUGUCCCUUAAGGAUUCAAUUGCCAAACUCAAGACGAAUCUAGAGGCUUCUGCGUUAGCGAUGUCGGAGAAGGAUACUCAGAUAAACAAUCUUCAGGCCGACUUCGAUGAUGCUAGCGCUAUGAUUGAGAAGGCAGCUGAUUAUGGGUUUGAGGUCCCAUUUAUACUAUUUCUUGAAGUUCGACCUUACGGGCUCGCUGGCCCAGUCAAACCGCUUUAUACUCUUCCUUAUUUUGGUUUUGCAUAUCGAAAUAGAAAUAAAAUGACUACCAUUUUGGGUAUUCACUUAAUCUUAUUAGGUAUAGGUGCUUUUCUUCUAGUAUUCAAGGCUCUGUAUUUUGGGGGUAUAUAUGAUACCUGGGCUCCAGGGGGGGGAGAUGUAAGAAAAAUUACCAACUUAACCCUUACUCCAAGUAUUAUAUUUGGUUAUUUAUUAAAAUCACCUUUUGGAGGCGAGGGUUGGAUUGUUAGUGUGGACGAUUUGGAAGAUAUAAUUGGAGGGCAUGUAUGGUUGGGUUCCAUUUGUAUACUUGGUGGAAUCUGGCAUAUCUUAACCAAACCCUUUGCAUGGGCUCGGCGUGCACUUGUAUGGUCUGGAGAAGCUUACUUGUCUUAUAGUUUAGGUGCUUUAUCUGUUUUUGGUUUUAUUGCUUGUUGCUUUGUCUGGUUUAAUAAUACCGCGUAUCCUAGUGAGUUUUACGGACCCACCGGACCUGAAGCUUCUCAAGCUCAAGCAUUUACUUUUCUAGUUAGAGACCAACGUCUUGGGGCUAACGUAGGAUCUGCUCAGGGACCUACCGGUUUAGGUAAAUAUCUAAUGCGUUCCCCGACCGGAGAGGUUAUUUUUGGUGGAGAAACUAUGCGGUUUUGGGAUUUGCGUGCUCCCUGGUUAGAACCUCUAAGGGGUCCGAAUGGUUUGGACUUGAGUAGACUAAAAAGGGACAUACAGCCUUGGCAAGAACGACGUUCCGCGGAAUAUAUGACUCACGCUCCUUUAGGUUCUUUAAAUUCCGUGGGUGGCGUAGCUACAGAGAUCAAUGCAGUCAAUUAUGUCUCUCCCAGAAGUUGGUUAGCUACUUCUCAUUUUGUUCUAGGAUUCUUCCUAUUCGUAGGUCAUUUAUGGCACGCGGGAAGAGCCCGCGCAGCUGCGGCAGGAUUUGAAAAAGGAAUUGAUCGAGAUUUUGAACCCGUUCUUUCCAUGACACCUCUUAAUUGAAACAUGAAAUCUAGUGUUGGAACUAGGAAUUUUUUGAAUUUCACCAUACGCAUUGAAUUGAGUCAAGAAGGUA